CUGUCAAAAUGGCGUUGUUCGUAGUGGGAAGCUGGAGCUAGUUCAUAUUGCUCAGUCGCAUUUAUUGAAUUAUUCGGCAACACACGAAACGUUUGCCGCUGACACCAUGGCAACUCUGGAUCAGAAAUCACCCAACGUCCUCCUCCAGAGCCUCUGCUGUAGAAUCACAGGGAAAAGCGAAGCUGAAGUUGCCCACCAGUUCCAGUAUGCGGUGCGAGUUAUUGGCAGUAAUUAUGCCCCCACGAUCGAACGAGACGAGUUCCUGGUGUCGGAGAAGAUCAAGAAAGAAUUGCUGAAGCAGAGGAGAGAAGCAGAUGCUGCUCUGUUCUCGGAGAUGCACAGAAAGCUUCAGACACAGGGUGUUUUGAAGCAUCGCUGGUCGGUUCUCUACCUGCUGCUUAGCCUUUCUGAAGACCCCCGUAAACCGUCCAGCAGGGUUGGAAACUAUGGGGCUCUUUUCGCCCAGGCCCUGCCCAGGGACGCCCACUCCACCCCGUUCUACUGCACCCGUCCCCAGAGCCUGGCCCUGGGCUACGCCGAGAGGAGCACCGGCCUCUCCGCCAGCGUCGGGACCAGCGGGAUUUCCAGUCUUGGAGUGUACACACUGAACGGGCCCACACCGACGCCACAGUCGCUGCUGUCCGGUCAACCUCCUCAAUCUGCAGCUGCUCAGCCUCUGGGCUCACGUUUAGCAUGGGCUCUUCCUUUAAGCUCCUCCCCUUCCUCUGCUCUGGCUCCGCCCACCGCUCGACCACCGCUCGGGCCUCCAGUUCCGGCCACCAGAGUGAUCCGUCCUCGACGAGACGGCGAUGCAGCCGGUGAGGUGAGCGAGGCAGCGCUGGUACGUGACAUCCUCUACGUCUUCCAGGGAAUAGAUGGCAAGUUCAUCAAGAUGAACGCCCAGGACAACUGCUACAAAAUAGACAGCAAGGUGGUGCUGUGCAAGUCCCUCAGGGACACCAGCAGCCGACUGGCCGAACUGGGCUGGCUCCACAACAAAGUCAGGAAGUACACCGACGCCAGGAGUCUGGACCGGGCCUUUGGAUUGGUCGGACAGAGUUUCUGUGCCUCGCUCCACCAGGAGCUGAAGGAGUACUACAGGCUCCUCUCUGUCCUCCACUCACAGCUGCAGGUGGAGGAUGACCAGGGUGUGAACAUGUGCACAGAAAGCAGUUUGACUCUCAGGAGACUGCUGGUCUGGAUGUACGAUCCCAAAGUCCGACUCAAAACGCUGGCCGCCCUCGUCGACUACUGCCAAGGUCGUAAGGGAGGCGAGCUGGCUUCGGCAGUUCACGCCUACGGGAAAACUGGAGACCCGCAGAUGAGAGCGCUGGUUCAACACAUCCUCAGCCUGGUGUCGCACCCCAUCCUCAACUUCCUCUACAGGUGGAUCUACGACGGAGAGCUGGAAGAUACCUACCAUGAGUUCUUUGUAGCAUCGGAUCCCAACGUGAAGACGGAUCGUCUGUGGCAUGACAAGUACUCCCUCAGGAAGUCCAUGAUCCCCUCGUUCAUCACCAUGGACCAGGCCCGCAAGGUUCUGCUGAUCGGUAAAUCCAUAAACUUCCUGCAUCAGGUUUGUCAUGACAGGACGCCGCCGGGAAAGAUCACAGCAGCGUCCAAGUCUGCAGACACUCCUAAGGAUGGCAAGAGUCUCCCUUUGUCUCAACACCUCAUAAUGGGACAUUUGAUGCUGGCUGCCGAGCUGCUGUCGGACCUAGAAGGAGCGUUUCAGGAGAAAAUCGAUGCCGCUUACUUUGACACGAGCAAAUACCUGCUGGACGUUCUCAACCGCAACUACCUGCUGCUGGAGCACCUUCAGGCCAUGAGGAGAUACCUGCUGCUGGGCCAGGGAGACUUCAUCAGACACCUCAUGGACCUGCUAAAACCUGAGUUAGCGCGUCCUGCCACCACUUUAUACCAACACAACCUGACCGGUAUCUUGGAGACGGCAGUCCGAGCCACUAACGCCCAGUAUGACAAUGCAGAGAUCCUGAAGAGGCUGGACGUACGCCUGCUAGAGGUGUCUCCUGGUGAUACAGGUUGGGAUGUUUUCAGCCUGGACUACCAUGUUGAUGGACCCAUUGCAACAGUGUUUACAAGGGAGUGUAUGGGCCACUACCUGCGUGUGUUUAAUUUCCUGUGGAGGGCCAAGAGGAUGGAAUACACACUGACUGACAUUUGGAAGGGCCAGAUGUGUAACGCCAAACUGCUCAAAACCAUGCCUGAGCUGUCCGGCGUGCUGCACCAGUGUCACAUCCUGGCCUCCGAGAUGGUCCACUUCAUCCACCAAAUGCAGUACUACAUCACCUUUGAGGUGCUGGAGUGCUCCUGGGACGAGCUGUGGAACAAAGUGCAGCAGGCUCAGGACCUCGACCACAUCAUCGCCGCCCACGACGUCUUCCUAGACACCAUCAUCUCAAGAUGCCUGCUCGACAAUAACAGCAGGUCCCUUUUGAACCAGCUGAGGGCCAUAUUUGACCAGAUCAUCGAGUUUCAGAGCGCCCAGGACUCCCUCUACCGCUCAGCGCUGGAGGAGCUCACCCUCCGCCUGCAGUACGAAGAGAAGAAGCAGCAGAGAGAGGAGGAGGGUCAGUGGGGAGUGACAGCCGAGCAGGAAGCAGAGGAGAAGAGGAGGGUUCAGGAGUUUCAGGAAACCAUACCAAAGAUGCGCUCCCAGCUCCGCAUCCUCACCCACUUCUACCAGAGCAUCGUCCAGCAGUUCCUGGUGCUGCUGAUGACCAGUUCAGAUGAGAGUCUGCGCUUCCUCAGCUUCAGACUGGACUUCAACGAGCACUACAGGGCCCGAGAGCCGAGACUUCGAGCCUCGCUGGGCGCCACCCGGGGGCGACGAUUGUCAAAUAUCUGACACGACAGCGACAUGACUGACAAACGAUAUUUCUCGCAUUGGAGCACUGGGGGCUGUGACAUCACAGAGACUAAUAGCAGACUUUUAAGCGUCGGGAUGAUGUCAUGCCUUGGAGGAGCGGUCGCAGUAUCACGGCGGCGACGGUCGCCAAGAGAUGACAUCACAGGGAAGUCGGCUGAGCGGGAUCGCAAAGGAACAAACUUUCAGACACCCUGAUUGGAAGGCUUCGGCAAGAUUCCUGCAAAAUACAAGUGAGUUUUGGAGGUGAGAAACGCUGCUGUCAGACUGAGCUCCCCGAGUCACACAGGGCCACCGUACAUGGCAUGCCUUAUUAAAAUGAGAAAAAAAAGCAAAACCUCUUUUUCUCAGUGUGGUUGCCAAAAUCUAGUCCCAAUGUAUGUACAUAGAGUUUAUGCAAAAAUGUAUGUAUGUGUAUAUGCAUCUUUCCACAUCGACACCUGUGGCUUUUUUCCAUCUUCUCACUAGGGUUCGACCGAUAUAUGGGUUUGAUAUCGCUAUUUUUUCAAUUUUGUACCCGUAGCAGUUAUUAAAAUCGAUUUUAGUACAAAUAUUCAAGAGAGAGCUGCUGCUGCUGGAGGUUUGUUCUCGAAAUUUGGACACACAAGGUUAACGUUUACCGGUUUAUCGGUCUAACCCUAGUCCCUCUGCACUCUCCAACUUAAAAUCCAGGGUUUUUUUAGUGCAUCAGGUCAGCUUGACCACAAUCAUACAGGAGAUGUGGAAUUAAACACCACACACACUCACACAAAGAUCAUACAGACACAAAGCCAUGCGGUUGCCUCCUUUAUUCUUUCUUUUAAUCAGAUUCGUGAGAGGCUCCCUUACUGAGAAUCAGCUGAUGUAAAGAAUGUCAUUAAGGGUUAACUUAGUUUAUAUUUAAGUGUGGCUUCCCUUCAUUUCCCCGCUUAGUUUCAUGUCUGUAUGAGAUCAUGUUCAGGAAUACAAUCCUCACAACAACCACAACAACCUCACUUCUUCUCGCUCCAUAAACACACAGAAACUAGAAAAAAAAUGUAAAUAUUUCCACGUUUAAAUGAUUAUUUGUUCUAAAUGUUAACUCAAGCAGUUUAUUUUCUGAAAACGAGUCUAUUCUGACAUUAUAAAGAAGAAAACAAGUUUAUUUAAGUGAGGCUUAAAGAGGGUGUUCAAGGCGAGUUUAUUCAGAACUGUAGCAUCAUUUCAGGAUGGAAAUAGAACCUUUAUUAGCUUUCCUCCCUUCUGUUCUGCUCUGGAUCACUAUAACUUUUAGAUUUGUUCAUGUUGGUGUAUUUAGCUCCUGAAAUUCCACAGCACAAGCCUCACAUACUUCCCGAUACAUUUAAAUCUGAAUAUAAAUGAGCAAAUUAACAUUUCUGAAUCCAGGCGUGACCCAAACCUGAGCAGUGAAGUCUUCUUUGCUUCAGAAGUCGCAUGGUGGAUUUCCCUUUUGGAGUUUUCUUGAAAAAAACAAAAAACAAAAAAAAAAAAAAACUGUUCAUUGAGGUUAGAAACCAAAUUGUAUUUUAAUCAGCAAAUUAUACAAUCAGCCGUGAAUGCUGUGCAAAAUCUGGUCUCCAGUCGAGGGUUUUAAAGGUUAAAAAAAAAGUAACGAGCCAGAUUUACCCAAAUUACGAUCUUGUGCGCCUCCUCUUCCCUCUAACUCCCAUUUAACUAAACAAAGUAAUGUAAAAAUGAUACUCCAAGUAAUGUUUUGUUGGCUUUUUUCAUUUCAAAAGUUCUCCAGCAGUGUUGUUCAGAUGUUUCUCUGGUUUACUCCUGCACAUUACCAAACUGCAGUACAUUUCAGGUUUGUAGAAUAUUCCUCCUCAGCAGCGUCACACGGUGACUUCAGGAACAGAUAUCCUCCAGGAACAGAUAUCCUCCAACAUCAGCCCUGGAUUCUCUGUGCACUUCCAUAAAUGUGUGUGCGGUGAUGCUCCAGAUUUAAUUUUUAUCGUCAGUGAAACAACUCGGUGCUGCGUACGGUCCGUAGACCGCUUUCCUGCUUUCUGACAAUGACUUCCUUCCUAUGUGUGUAAAGAAGCGAGUGAAAUCAAACCGGCCCUGGGUUCAGCUCUUGUGCUCCGUCUGUUUCUCUGUAUUCUACAUUGUAUAGCACAUAAUGUAUAGAAAAUAGGGAUACAAACCAUCCCGCUUCCUCUUUAAUAAAAUGUUUUUGUUUUUAA